AUGGACGCUCAAACCCAGCCUCUCAGCGAUCGUUCGACAAACACACAUCUUCAGUCUACCACUGCCUCUUCUACAGCACAAGACACCGACAAAACAGCCAAUACUCAAUAUUCGAUGGAUUACCAUCGAAAGGUACUUCAAGACAAAAUUUACAACGGAUCCGAUCAUGCGUCCUAUGUCUCGCCAUCUGAUGACAUUAUGAGUCCCUGCACCAAGAAGUUGAGUGAUCUGAAAAGCAAGCGCUUCAAGAAGUAUGUCUUCCGCUCCCUCUGUUGUUGCAUUUCCAUAAGAGAUAUAUUGACUGUUGCUGCUCAUAAGUGCCGGAAAACCAACCUCGCUAUUUGCCAAACUUGGAAAGAAGAGCUUUGA